AAUCCUCAUCAGUACCACCAGCCAGAGAGCCCCGGAGCCUCCGACAGACCCGGCCCUUCAGCCCCCCGCACAAAGCGAGCUGCGCCCCGCCAUGAAACAGACUCUGAGCGAACUGCUGAGGAUGAGCCGGAUAUGCCGGAUGCUAUUCGCCACUUGUUUGGGAUCCUUUAUUCUGGUCAUCUUUUAUUUCCAAAGUAUGUUCCAACCAGUCAUGCGGAGGAACCCCUUUGUGGUGGACGGCUGCUGUAGGAAAGGGUCCCGAAACGCCCUGCAGGAGCUCUACAACCCAACACAGCCGGAGCUGUCUGGAGCAGCCGUGCUCCACCAGGCCCGGCGGGAUCAGGUGGUUGAUGCCUGUCGAGUCUACAGUGCGUCCAGCCGGAAGCGCAGAGUCCUGACACCCGGAGACCUCAAACACCUCGUGGUGGACGAAGACCACGAGCUCAUCUACUGCUACGUCCCCAAGGUGGCCUGUACCAACUGGAAACGCGUCAUGAUGGUGCUCACAGGCCGGGGCAAAUACAGUGACCCGAUGGAUAUCCCUUCCAAUGAAGCCCACAUCCCGUCCAACCUGAAGACCCUGAACCAGUACAGUAUUGCUGAGAUCAACCACCGCCUCAAGAACUACCUCAAAUUCCUCUUUGUUCGCGAGCCCUUCGAGAGGCUGGUCUCAGCGUACCGCAACAAGUUCACCCUCAAGUACAACUCGUCCUUCCACAAGCGCUUCGGCACCCGCAUCAUCCGCCGCUACCGCAAGAAUGCCACGCAGGACGCCUUGUUCCACGGAGCCGACGUCAAAUUUAAGGAAUUCACAGAGUACCUGGUGGACCCGGCGACGCAGCGCGACGGCCCGCUCAAUGAGCACUGGCAGACCGUGUACCAGCUCUGUCACCCUUGUCACAUCCACUACGACCUGGUGGGCAAGUACGAGACUCUGGAAGAGGACGCUAACUACGUGUUGCGGCUGGUGGGAGUUGGCGACUCCUUGCGCUUCCCGAGCUAUGCCAAGUCCACCCGCACCACGGAUGCCAUGACGGCCCAGUUCUUCAGCAAUAUCAGCACCCAGCAGCAGAUCCAGCUCUACCAGCUUUACAAGUUGGACUUCCUGAUGUUCAACUACACCACACCCAGCUACCUCCGGCUGGACUGAUGAAGGACACAGCUAGAACUGGAGGGAUUUCUUUGGAGGCAGACUUGAUUUUUUUUUUUAAACUAUCGUCGUAACUUGCAGACACGGGGUCUGAAUUAGACAUAUAAAUAGGUGCUGAGAGAGAGGAAGGUAAUGCGUGCUUGUCUGGGGAUAAGAGGGGAGGGGGGGGGGGGGGGUCUCAUCAACUCAGCGUGCAACACAAAGCGCUGGUUGGAUGUGGGCAAAAUGAACCAAAUGCAUGCAAAAAAACUAAAAAGUGUGGGUGAAGCAGGUCUUCAAGGUGUUUUAAAAUAUGGGAACUUAUCCCCAGAGGACGGCGCUGAAGAGGGCUUCUCCUGAUGAUGCCCCCGACUUGUUUCAACAAACCGCUGACAAAUUAGACUGCUUCAGAUUCUACAACGCGAACAGCGGCUUCGCACGCGCCCUGACCCCAACGCAUCGUGGGAGCUAAGCUAAUCUCCACCUCUCAUCCUGACCCGUAGAUAAACUUCGUCAAAUUGUAAAACACCGUUCAUUUUUCUCGCCACUCUGUCAGCGCGGUGCGUUAGCGCCCGGAUCGCCACAAAGGCCACCGUUUAAAGGAUGUUUUCUGUCUUUACUCUCGAGACCUCAACUGUUGUAAUCCUUCGCAAGUCCUCUCAUGUUACACCUUGAGUCCCCCGAAGAAGAAGAAGAAGGAGUCUCCUGCUGUGACAGUGAAGUGUGGAGGUGCUUAAUAAAUCAUUGCCUGUGACACCGAGCAUCCUUAACACUUUGAGCUACUGGAAGUCUGGGAGUGACAAGUCGAGAUAAGAUAAGAGACAGCCUGUGUGGUUGUGGAAGGGUUAAAGGCAUGGGAUCUCAUUGCCCCACACUGCUGUGCCCCACCCAGGACCUCAGUGGACACACCCACAGAAGCCCCUCCUCAGACGACCAAACAUGUCUUUCAGUAAAUUAAGAUCCUUUUUUUUCUAUGCUUAUUUUUGGUUUGGAUUGUUUUAUUAAUCAUUGCUGCGAGCAGCAAUAACAAAACAUUAUUUAAUUAGCUUUGUUGGUUAAAGAGAGAAAUAUUUUUGUGUUGAUGAACAUUUUAGGAUAUGAUUUAAAGUUGAGCUGAUGUCAGUGUUUUUCAUGUUGCUUUCUUUCUUCACAACUCUGAUACGCAGUUUCUUCUCUUCUGAUGGUGGCGUGGUGCGUUUUCUGACCGCAGCUUUGUCCUUCUGUGUCUGACAUCACCAGAGAUUUACGAGUUUCUCUUCUCCAUUUUCUGCCCUCAAAGAUUUGGGGCCAUAAUGGUCCUUAGAGAUCCGCUCGUAUUUAGUGCACCUCAUUGCUGUAAAGGUAAUGGUGAGACCCCCAGCUCUCCCACCCAAACAUGAGCACUAGAUGCUGCUCUCUGUGUACAUAUCAACCAAAUCGAAUGCCCGCAUCACAGUCAUAAGCCGUAUCCCGUACUGUAAUGGGAUUAAUGUUAGCGAUGCAGAGUCAUGUCAAGGUUAAUAACCGCACUCUCCAUUACGCUGUGAAUUGCAUUACAGGCUGUAGGUAUUAUACGGGAGGGAGAGAGGGAGGGAGGGAGAGAGAGGGGCGGAGUCAUUUAGUUUUUUUUACCUCUUUGUAAAUUCUAAACCACUCCAGCUUCAAAGUCAAAGAGAGGGGUUGUUUUUUUGGAAAGCUCUUUGUUGCAAUUGACUGAGCCAGGAAUAAUAUUUUCUUAUGCAGUCUGGUAGACUGAGUUUAAUAAAGUUUUACCCAUUAUUCCUGUAUUAAUAACAUUUCACUUGCCAGAGUCAAUGUAGAGAGGUUACUCAUGCUGUGAUACUGAUAGACAAGGCUGGAUUAGCAAACGGUGAAGCCGAUUUGUGUCACUAUGACACGGACAAAAGCACAAUAUCAACUCACUCACGAUUCGGGCCUUCCAGCGGGUCCUUCUUAACUCCAACCAGGAGGCCCUGUCUAGUGGGUUCCUGUCAGAAUGUAGUCUUAAAACCUGCAUUUUUGCACUUAACUGGCAAACAAACGCUGGUAAUUGCCAUGUUUGCUAGAUCUUUUUGGGUCCAGCCUAGUCCAAGGGUCACUGUAUGGGAACACAGAAAAUAUGCACGACUAAAGCACAGGCCCAAUAUCACAAAGUCGUCUCAGAGUGCUUUGAAAUAAGCAUAACAUGCACUACGACACUGUAGACCCCUUUAUUCAGACAAUGAAAACCAACCAGGACGGACAGACAUACAGUAUGUGCUAUGUGUACAUAUUAGAAAGAAGCAGCAGUAGUAGAAUUACAAUAUAAAGAAUUAGAAUACAAUAUUAAAGGAUAAAAUUAAAACAUUUCAAAUGAAAUGAGUAAUAAGCCAAAUAGUCUGCAAUCCCAUACUACGACACUAGGCUACCACUUCUGUGUUUACAUGGGGACAAUCUUUACAUUUAUUUGCAUACCUGGGGCCGUUCUCAUUACAAACUCAUCUAAUAGUGCAGCUGGCUACGCACAGCCCUCGUGUCAACUUGGAUUGUGCUGUUGCAUGCGCUCACUGUCCUUUCAAAAUAAACCUUCAUUCGCAGAAACAAGAGGGUUAGAGUUAAGUCAACAAUACUACUUAGUCCGCUUGAGGAUCAUGGUCUGGGUUGGAAUCGAUCUGUUGCGUUUAAGUAGGCCACCUUAACUGUGUAUGUAUGGGUUUCACAAGUCAAGUCCCUUGACUAAUGGUUUCUCGUCUGUACGUACUUCAUCACAUCAUCUUCUCUCUAUUCCCCAUUGCAAUAGCUCUGCAUAGUAACAUUCUACACAGUGUACAGGGGGGUUUAAGGGGUCAACGCAGCCUCAUUUUUGCCCCCGCUGCCCCCGAGAAGUUACAUUUUAUUGCUACACCAUGAAAAGGUUUUAGGCUACAAUUAAAUAAAAAAUAUUGCCUGUAGGUUGUAAAUAGUGGAAAGUCACAUAGACACAGUUGUGCAAUGCAAAGGGGUUAGGGCUUUUAAGUUUUUACUUCCGAAUCAAUAUUUAUGUAAAAUGUAGUCUAGCUGUGGAAUUGAAGGCUCAAUGCAGUAUCUGGUCUAGUUCACUGUAAAGUCUUGUUUAUUGAUGACUCUGUCUCUGGCAAGCAAAGUGUUUGCAUAACUAAUAGUUAUUAAACUAAUAGUAAAUCUUGGAUACUAUUUUGGCAUUUCCUUUGGGACGCAGACCCAUUGUAGCUGUAAACCUCCGCGAGUGAUAUUGUAUUGUAGACAUCUGGCUCGAAUAGAGGAGAAAGCUUGCCGGCCUGGCCUUGUUCUCCUGCACAAACAAUGGCUGCAUUCUCUGACCCCCCCCCCCCUCAGAAGGGCAAAAAAAUAAACACACAAAAUCAGCUCACACACUUUCUCUCCUGCUGAUGUUGAUGGCACGCAGCAUCUUCCUCAGCAGCUGUGAGCAGAGCUCUCCUCCCUUACACUCUGACGGAGCUUAAAAGGCUCAUUUAGCCUCUAGAUUGGAAGAUGAAUGAUUCACAAAGGACCUCUUAGGCUGCAAGCGAGGCCCCCCCGCCUCACUCCAAACGUGGCCUGUGUAUACAAGGUGUAAGUCAGUGUCAGUGAUCCCUGCCAUCCACGUGGUAGAAGCACACUCUGCUUGAAUAAGCAGAGCUGGUGGAAUGUCCCCAUGGGGAGCGAGCCCCCCCCCCCCGGAGGCCCACUCUGACUCUCUGCCACAUUCCCAGCGCGUUUGUC